GAUCCGCGUGUUGGAUGCUUCGCUGGUCAUGCACGGGUCACAAUAUGAGCGUCUCUAGUAUCGGGUUCCACUCAAGAAAGACGCUUUGCCAUAGCUACUAGAGGGUUGAAAAUGCUGUUUGAGUAUUGUAAUAACUAUUGUACUCGUAAAAAUAGACAUGUUUUUAGGUAUAUAUAGUAAGUGGUUAACAAUCUUCUAGAUGGCAAACCAUGAUGGUCGUUGGAUGCAAAUCAUCUAGAAUUGAGAAGACAGUUCAAGAAAUAAUGUUUGGAAGAAAAACAGAAGAUCGCUAGACCUUUAAAAUGGACAAGGCGGUGUUUAGAGAAAUGAGUUAUCCUGUGCCAACAGCAAGGGGGAGAUUAACGAAUCACAAAGACUCCCUUCCCAUGUGGGUUGCAGUAACCGCAGGUGUCGUGGGUUCAGUAUUGGUCUUGGCUGUUUCGUAUCUAAUUUUCAAACGGCUAAGAGAAAAAAUGCAAAAACGCUCGGCAUCGCCAGAAGAUAUAGAAAGGUUCCAUAUUCCUACCGUUUAUCUUCCUGUCCCGACAUUAUCAAGUGCCUCUUCGACAUCUUCCCUGAUUGAAGAAAUAUUUCCACAGCCAGGAGAUUCGAACUUUCUAGACCCCAACAUAUACCUGUCUUACGAAGAUGCACGUCUCCCUGGAUCUCCAUACAUGGGACCCGGACGUUUAUGUUUUUCUGUCAACUACAACAAAUAUUCAGAGAAACUUAGAGUGAAACUUAUUAGAGCAACUCGACUGACACCAAAAGGCGAAAAUGUUACAGCCACGCCUUACGUCAAGAUAUGUCUGCUGCCUGACAAACGCCAAAGGGUGCAAUCUAAGAUUAGACACCGCACUUCGAAUCCAGAAUUUUUCGAAGAUUUUGUAUUUCUUGUACCAGAAAGAGACUUAAACACGCGGACAUUGAAGUUUACUGUCUGCGACUAUGAUCGCUUCUCACGUCAACAAGUCAUUGGUCACGUGAUGUAUAAUUUGACGGAUAUUGAAUUUUUAAUGAGUGAUGAUAUCAAUGAAAUAUGGAUGGAUGUUUGCGAGGAAGAUCCUAAGGUUGCCUUUCCAAAAGGAGAAAUCAAUUUUAGUCUUCAGUUCCUUCCCACGGCAAGCCGCUUGACGAUAGCCAUUGUGAAAGCAAGAAAUCUAAGAAUAGAGGGUGAACAUGGAGAACUAUAUCCUUAUGUCAAAGUGUCAAUGGUUAUGGGAGGAAAAACUUGCAGAAAAAAGAAAACAGCCAUCUGUAAAAGGACUUGUAAUCCUGUCUACAACGAAGCCUUUGUCUUUACAAUUCCACCAGCAUGCUUGGAACGCGUUAGUCUCGUUGUAUCAGUGAUUAAUGGUCCAAGACUCAAAGGGGCCAAAAAACUCAUAGGGCGCUCUAUAGUAGGGCCCUACAUGUACUCCACAGGAGAGGGCCUUGAACACUGGAAAGAGAUGCUUGAUUUCGCUCGUAGUAAUAUAGCCAAGUGGCAUACUCUUAUUUGACUUUGUUUGAUACACAGUUGAAUACAUAUUUUAGCCUUACUAAUAAGAUCUAGGCUCCUUGCAUGGUACUCCUUCUAAUUGUCUUAUUGCAAUGAGACAAACAGAGAAGCGGCCCCUUUUGUGCCCUUUUUUUAAAACUAUUCUUGGCUUCCAUAUUAUUAGUCUCAUAUUUUCAAAAUUGUAUACUUUGAGGAUAUUCAAUUUUAUUUUUUUAAUGUGAAAUACAUAAAUAUAUCUCUGUUCUCUGUGAUCAAUAACCUGAGUAGCAGGCCCUGGAAGGGGAGGGGAGCCUGAUACUCGGGUUAUGUGGUCAAAGUUAUUGAUCUCUAAUUGGGAGCAAUACAUAGAGCUUUACAAAAGUCAUGUGACAUGAAAAUAUAAGUUCAAUAAAACAGUUCAAUAUUUGUGGGGGGAGGGGAGGGGGGUUGGAGGGAGCAUGUGGAUUUUGAGGGGAAAACAGCAUUUAAAAAAAGAGCACUGUCUUGGGUGGGAAUGUCAAAUAAAAGGUAGUAAUUUUAAAGGGGUAUGAAAAAGUAAAGCAAGGUUCUCAAAAGGUAUGUGCUGUUUUAAAACUCAGAAUCCAUGCAGUCCUCCUUCCUCUUAGUAGCUUUACAUACCUUAACAAUACAGGGGACCUCUGUAGAUAAGUUUUUACACACAACUUACAAAACCAAAUAAAGUCGCACUGUUGAAUAGUAAA